UUGAGUCUGAAAUCGCAGUGGAUAUGCCUUAAAACCGCUUAAAACAAAAUUUUUAAGAAAGUCUGUGGUUGCGCCAUCUGUUGGUGGCUUCAAUAACUAAGGGUUUAUGCAACUGGUCAAUUGGGAAAAAAAUAUAAAACACUGAAUCUAAGAUUUUUGUCAAAUUAUGUAUUUUACAAAAAGUGGGAACGAAACACUAAAGAAAAAUAGCAAAACGCAGUGACAUUAGUAUUUAAUCCGAGACGCCAAAAGCAGAUGUUUCCUGCUCUUAUAAUUAACGCCUCUUGGCAUUUGUUUGGUUGGUUUGUUUGCUUGUUUACGCGUUCACGUCCGAAGUGGCAUACAUAUAUUUUCACUCAGAAGAAAAUGCGAGACAGAGAAAAAUAUGCUUAGUAAAAUUGUGGUAUUGCCAAAGUCUGCUCAUUCCAAUUUUUUCUUGCGCAAGACCUCUCGCAAGAUAAGAAAGUGCGGCGCCAAAAACAGAUAUUUAAUAUUUGCCAUCUUGAAAUUAACGGGCUUUUAAAAGAUUUUGCGUGCGUUUAAAAGGCAGUAAACCUAUAAGUUAAAGGCAUUUCGAAAACAAGUUAUCGUCUGCCGAAAUGAACGCGCGCAUGUUUUAUUUUGUCGGUGCUCCAUUAGAACUAACAUCUUCUCUCGCUGUUCUGCGCUACGCAUUUAGGGGCUGCUGCCGCGCGCGCGGCCGAUAAGAUGAUUACUGUUAAAUUUAGUCAGCAACUUUCAAGUGGUCACUCGCCACUGUUCCUGGGGGAGCACGCCGCUCGGUCCGCCUUGAAAAAUGUACCGAGCGCACCUCUUGCUGCUCGUGAUGGUCAGCGCGGUUUGCUGCUCGCGAAGCGUGCCCGAUUUCAUGCUGGACCUGCUGCACUCGGAUCGCCCCGUUGCCGACGUCGUCAGAAGUCUCAACCCCCUGAAAAUCGUGACGGCGCAGAGCGAAAAACCGCAGCGCAAGGAAAUUCAGAUCCUUCAUUUCACGAUCCCGGAAAGCGUUCAAGGAGAGAACUUUCAAGAUGGACAGCUCAAAAUUUUCGCUAGCCUGCACAACCGGCGCCGCACCUUUUAUGGGGUGGAGCGGCUGCUGCAAGUGACGCUGCGCUCGCCGGAGGAAAACUCGAUGGACGUGGAGGCGCACCCGACCACUCUGAUGCAGUUGUACCUGAAGCGGAACACGUGGCUCUCGGUGAACAUCAGCAGCAGCUUCAAAACGUGGAGUCUGCUGGGCCGCAACGAGCUGCACGUGCACGUGCACGUGCUCAACCCCUACACGAACGUAGGCGGCGGGGGCGACCUCGAGUUCAACCUCGACGACAGCCAGAAGUUGCAGCCCGUGUUGAUGCUCUUUUACAGCCUGGACAACCCACCUGCCAGGCCUGAGGGAGCGCUCGACGGGCACAACGUGUCCAAAAGAAGCGUGCCUUUCAUGGAUUUAAAGGAACUGGACGAUUAUGAAGAGGAGACAAACAACAUUUGGGACGAGGAUUUCGGCGUGAGGGCGGCCUCCGCUCUGCACACCACCACAACGACCACUCCGGAGCCAAAAGCAACCGCGCAUCCCGUGAAGAAAAUGUUUAAAAACCCGUGUCGGCGGAAGCCGAUGUUCGUGGACUUUACCGAAAUCCAGUACAACAGUUGGAUAGUCGCUCCCGAGGGCUACGAGGCUUAUCAGUGUGCCGGCAAGUGCGUUUACCCUAUCAGUGAACAUUUGACCCCGACGAAACACUCGAUAAUCCAGUCUCUCGUGCACUCGACCAACCCUCGGAAAGCACAAAAACCGUGCUGCGUGCCGACCAAACUGAAGCCCAUAUCGAUGCUCUACUUGGACCAAAACGGCGUCCUCACCUACAGGCUCAGCUACCAAGACAUGGUCGUGGUCGAGUGUGGAUGCCGCUGACAAGCAUUAAUUUAUAAAAAAAUUUCUUAAAAAUAGCUGAAAGCA